UGUUGAAAUUGUCACAAGAGAGGAGUUAGAGAUGUGCCUAUUCCAUGCAAACUUUUAAUUUCUCUGUUGCGCUAUGUGCCUCUCUGAUUAGGAAAAACACUGUCACUCUUGAAACUAAUAAGUAGUAACACCAAACCAACUUCGAUUUCAUCGAGUAUUUUGCCGCUCCAGCCUCUUUUUGCCUUUUUGGGUGUCCAAGUUUUUGGGUUGAGAGUGCAAUCUUGAAGAAGAAACAGGGGAAAGAGAGUAAUGGAGGAGCAGGUGAAGGAACAAGGGGGACCUACUGCUUGAUUUUUGGCUGGCAGCAACGGUCACUGUCAAUGAUUUUUCUUCUUUGGUUGGUUUUGGUGGUUUCUCUCAAUAUCUAAUAUUCAGUAAUUAUACUUACAGACACAAAUACACACACUUGCAAAACAUUGCUUUGGGGGAGAUCUCGGUGAUCAAGAAUCAAGAUCCCUGCCCUAUCUUUAUCAACUUCAUUUCCUUCUCUUAUUUUUGAGGGAAUUUCUUGUUUGUUGGUGGUAUUUGUUUUCUGGCAAGGAAGGUGAAAAUUAAGCUCCUUUCUUUUGGUGUCUUGGCUCUAACGGGAAACAGCAGAUUUCAGUCAUAUGAGGAGAUCUUUUACUCUAGUCGAUGUGCUUCUCGUUCUUGCACUAUUCAGUGAUCUUCCAUGGCUUAUCAUGGGCAGUUCACAUUGCAAAAGGGCCAAGUCUGCAGAUAUUCGGCCUCAUAGUGUCACUAUUACUGAAUUUGGUGCUAUUGGUGAUGGCGUCACUCUCAACACUAAAGCAUUUCAGAAUGCUCUUUUCUAUCUCAAUUCAUUCGCUGAUAAGGGUGGAGCUAAGCUCUUUGUCCCAGCUGGCCGGUGGUUGACAGGCAGUUUCGAUCUCAUCAGUCAUUUGACAUUGUGGUUAGAUAAGGACGCAGUGAUUCUUGGAUCAACUAAUUCUGAUGAUUGGCCAGUUGUUGAUCCUCUACCAUCAUAUGGCCGAGGGAGGGAAUUGCUUGGUAGGAGGCAUCGAAGCCUCAUUUAUGGUCGCAAUUUGACAGAUGUUGUUAUAACAGGUGAUAAUGGAACUAUUGAUGGUCAAGGCAGCAUCUGGUGGGAUUGGUUCAAAACCGAAACCCUGAACUUUACCCGGCCUCAUUUGGUUGAGCUAAUGAACUCAUCUGGGAUAGUCAUCUCAAACCUGACCUUCAUAAAUUCACCAUUCUGGACAAUCCACCCUGUUUACUGCAGCCAAGUCAUUGUCCAAAAUGUUACAAUCCGUGCACCUCUUGAUUCACCAAACACAGAUGGGAUAGAUCCAGAUUCUUCUGAUGAUGUUUGCAUCGAGGACUGUUUCAUUAGCACUGGUGAUGAUCUAAUCGCCAUCAAAAGUGGGUGGGAUGAGUAUGGCAUAUCAUAUGGCCGUCCUUGCAGAAACAUUAUUAUUCGCCGGCUUAUUGGACAAACUCGAAGUAGUGCAGGGCUGUCAAUUGGAAGUGAGAUGUCUGGAGGUGUAUCAGAAGUUCAUGCUGAAAAUCUCCAAUUUUACAAUUCAAGUACAGGUAUUAGGAUAAAGACGUCUCCAGGAAGGGGUGGUUAUGUGAGAAAUAUUCAUGUAUCAAAUAUAACUUUAAUUGAUGUUAAAAUUGCUAUAAGGUUCACUGGUCUUUAUGGGGAACACCCGGACGAGCAUUAUGAUCCUGCAGCUCUACCAAUUGUAGAACGGAUAACCAUUGAAGAUGUCACAGGAGAAAACAUAGAGUAUGCAGGCAUUCUAGAUGGCAUUCAAGCAGACGCUUUUCUUGACAUCUGCUUAUCGAACAUAACCCUCAAUGUGACCUCCAAUUCUCCCUGGAACUGUUCGUACGUUCAAGGAUAUUCUGACUCAGUUUCUCCAGAAACUUGUGAGCCUCUCAGGGAGAGUAUCUACCCUGAUCAUUACUCUGAUUGUUACCAUCUAUCAAGUCAUUUAGUGAAUUCAAGUAAUCGAAACAGAGGUACCUGGUUGCUGUCUUGGUAAAUUCAUUGAGCUUCAUAUUUGUUCGGUGGUCAAAACACCUUCGAUUGUGAAUGGUCAAUUAGUUCAAAUUUUGAUUCUUGUCAUUUCUCAACACGGCUGCUCAUUGCCAUGGAGAAGAAAUUAUUUGCCUGACAUAUAGAGUUGAGUGAAGUCGCUGAUUUGUUGUUGUUGACUCUGAGAGAAUAUUGAGAAAUGAUUUUUCCUGUAACUUUGUGUGCAGUAACAAAUAAUUGAGUGAUUUAUCAGAAAGUGAAAAUAGAAUGAGUUUAUUUGUUCUAA